AUGUCCCCUCCAGUCACCAAAACUGCUCCUCCACCUCCACCUCCACCCCCAUCAGACCCCCGUACGAAAGUAUCCCCAGUCAUACGAAAUCUCCGAACCGUCCCGCCCCGCUCCCUGACAGUCCCUCAACCACCUCCCCCACCCACAACAAAAGCCCCAACAGGUCCAUACUUUCUCUACGGCACGCUGAUGGAUCCUUCCAUGCUACAAGACAUUCUAUCCCUGGACAUAGAUCAAGAGAUAGAUCUACGACCUGCGUAUGUAACAGGCUACGCCUGUAAACUGUGGGGACAGUACCCGGCCAUAAUACCGGCUAUUACUUCUUCCUCGGCAGUCAAAGGUGUUGUGUAUCGUGUGGCAUCUGUGGAGGACGGGGUAAAGUUAGCGAAUUAUGAGACGGGAUGGUAUCGUGCUGAGUCUUGUGAGGUUGUGUAUACGGAUGGGAAAGAACCUGGGAGGGAGAAUGGACACGGGGUGUUCGAUCUUAGGGUUUGGUUGAGGAGGAUGGGGAGGAGGCGGGCGUUGGAGAGGUUGGAUAGACUGGAUAGGAAGUGA